AAGUGCCCGACGCGGCCUCUCUCUCUCUCUCACUGCCCUCUGUUCAGUCUCUCUUCCCGUUCCUUCUUUAUAGCCCGUCGAAGGUGUUCCAUCUGGAGAUCGAUUGCCAUGAGAUCCAGGGCUUCUUUGAUGGAAACCUCUGCUGAUCGUUUAGGUUGAAGCUAGUCCCCAUGUCUACGAACUUGUGAUAUAGCAAAAAUCCAAAAAAGAAGAUAGCAAAUAAGCAAGUUGAAGCUGUAGAAAAUUAGAAGCCAAGAUGAUGCGGGGUCGGCCAGAUGGAGCUCAAAGGAAGGGCUUGGUGACUUCCUUGUGUGUCAUGGCUGUUCUCCUUUGCUUUAUAUUUGUAUAUUACGGUUCAUCCUUCGGAUCUGGAGGGAACCACGGGACGUCAGCUUUUGAGUACGGAAGAUCACUAAGAAAGUUAGGAUCUACCUAUUUGGGUGGCGAAGAGGAGGCGGAUCCAGCUGAUAGGUUGAGGACCGAUGAGGACUCCAGGCUCGGGAUGGAGGACGGUGAUGUUGAUUUCGUCCCCAAAAGCUUUCCUGUCUGCGACUCUCGACAUUCAGAGCUAAUUCCCUGCCUAGAUAGAAAUCUCAUUUACCAGUUGAGAUUGAAGCUGGACCUGAACCUGAUGGAGCAUUAUGAGAGACAUUGUCCUCCUGCUGACAGGCGCUAUAAUUGUUUGAUCCCACCACCUCCGGGUUACCAGAUCCCAAUCAAGUGGCCUAAAAGCAGAGAUGAAGUAUGGAAAGCAAACAUACCUCACACCCACCUUGCCCAUGAGAAGUCUGAUCAAAACUGGAUGGUUGUGAAGGGUGAGAAAAUAGUGUUUCCUGGUGGUGGUACUCACUUUCAUUAUGGAGCUGAUAAGUACAUUGCUGCACUCGCAAAUAUGCUCAACUUCAGUGACAAUAAUCUGAAUAACAAUGGGAAUAUUCGUACGGUGCUUGAUGUGGGUUGUGGAGUUGCAAGUUUUGGUGCAUACCUCCUUUCCUCAGAUGUAAUUGCAAUGUCAUUGGCACCAAAUGAUGUUCAUCAGAACCAGAUUCAGUUUGCAUUGGAAAGAGGAAUACCUGCAUAUCUUGGUGUACUGGGUACUAAGAGGCUUCCUUACCCAAGCAGAUCAUUUGAAUUUGCGCAUUGUUCUAGGUGUCGAAUUGAUUGGCUUCAGAGAGAUGGAAUACUUCUGUUGGAGUUGGACAGGGUACUAAGACCAGGAGGCUAUUUUGCUUACUCCUCUCCGGAAGCAUAUGCGCAGGAUGAAGAGGAUCUCCGUAUCUGGAGAGAAAUGAGUGCCCUAGUAGAACGUAUGUGUUGGAAAAUUGCUUCCAAAAGAGACCAGACAGUCAUUUGGAUGAAACCUCUUACAAAUGAUUGUUACAUGAAAAGACCACCUGGUACACACCCACCUAUGUGCAAAUCUGACGAUGAUCCAGAUGCAGUAUGGGGUGUACCAAUGGAAGCUUGCAUUACUCCAUACUCUGAACAUGACCACAACGCCAUGGGAAGUGAAUUAGUGCCUUGGCCAGCUAGAUUGACUGCUCCUCCUCCUCGUCUUGCUGAUCAUGGCAUCACACCUAGCAAGUUCAAGAAGGAUACGGAACUUUGGCAACGUAGGGUUGAACUUUACUGGAACCUGUUGAAGCCAAAGAUUCAAGAGGAUACCUUGCGUAACAUAAUGGAUAUGAAGGCGAACAUGGGGUCUUUUGCAGCUGCCCUCAGGGAAAAAAAUGUGUGGGUGAUGAACGUUGUUCCUGAAGAUGUACCAAGUACACUAAGAAUAAUAUAUGACCGAGGACUGAUUGGAACUACACAUGACUGGUGUGAGGCCUUUUCUACUUAUCCCCGAACAUAUGACCUCUUGCAUGCUUGGAAUGUGCUUUCUGAUGUCGAGAAGAAGGGAUGCAGUCUGGAGGAUCUGCUCAUUGAGAUGGAUCGUAUUCUCCGGCCAACUGGGUUCAUCAUAGUCCGUGAUAGAAAGCCCACCAUUGAUUUCAUUAAGAAAUACAUACCAGCAUUGCAUUGGGAAUCAGUGUCUGAAUCCCCUUCUGAAGAAGAAUCAGAAGGUGAGACUGUCUUGCUGAUUCAGAAAAGAAUGUGGCAAUCAGGCGAAUCAUUCAAAGAUUCCAUGUAAGAUCAUCUCUGGCUUUCAUUGGAAAAUUUUCCUCUUCUGUUUGAUCUCUCCUCUGGCCAAUGCACGUCCCAAAUAUGGCGAAAAGUGCAUAUGAUUUUCCCUUCUAGUAUUUAUUGUCUAUUUAGUGGGUCAGAUACUACUGUUUGUGUAGUGAAAAGAAAGUAACAAUUAAUUUUAGGUUUUUCCCCAUUCUCUUGUCAUACAUUUCAAUAUUCUUUAAAGAUUGACAAAUUCCUAAGUUGGUUUA